CAAGAACUCAAACACCUUGACCCUCUUCUUGCUGUUAUUCCAACUUCAAUUUUUCCUGGCCGUCGAUCAAUUCAUUUAUCUCCCUCAGAUGACUUCGGAGAAUCCCCAUGGCAAAAGAUUCUCCUGUCUGUAACAAAAUUCCCGUACAGAAUGAAACAGCCCUUCCCGGUUCCCACAGAAUUCCUGCCCAAAAACUCUCUCUACCUCCAUAAAUGUAAACCUUCAAAUUACUCGAUAAUAACAAAACCAUCUAGUUGUUUGUAAUGGCGACUGAUACUCUACCGCAGUCCCGGAAGCCGUCGUUUCUUACCCUGAUUAACUCGCAUGUAGCCAGCAGUUGGGCCGGGACGAGAUUCAAGCUCGCCGAGCGGAACACCACCUUCACCACCGAGUUACGGGCCGGUACUACCACGUUCCUCAGCAUGGCGUACAUAUUAGCUGUAAACGCCAGCAUACUCGCCGAUUCUGGGGGUACUUGCACAAUCGCAGACUGCAUCAACCCUCAUGAAUCCUGCAAGUUCCCUCCGGUUGACCAUGGGUACGCCGAUUGCCUGGAGAGAACGCGUAGAGACCUCAUUGUGGCGACUGUCACGUCUUCUUUAAUUGGGUGUCUGAUUAUGGGAGUUUUUGCGAACCUUCCGCUAGCUUUGGCUCCGGGGAUGGGCAGCAACGCUUACUUCGCUUAUACGGUGGUGGGCUAUCACGGCUCUGGAAACGUUCCCUACAGAGGCGCCUUGGCUGCAAUCUUCAUCGAAGGGCUGAUUUUUGUCUUCAUAUCGGCAAUUGGGCUCCGCGCCAAACUCGUCAAACUCGUUCCAAAACCUGUUCGAGUCUCUUCUGCUGCCGGAAUCGGUCUGUUUCUCGCUUUUAUUGGGUUACAGGGCAAACAGGGGAUUGGGCUAAUCGGGUACAGUUCGUCGACCCUGGUCACCCUCGGAGCCUGCCCACGAAAUUCUCGGGCAUCCUUAGCUCCCGUUGUAACCGCCGCAAAUGGUUCUGUAAGCUUGAUUAGUGGCGGCACAGUCUCCGGCAAUAUGCUCUGUUUGGAUCAUCGGAUGCAGAGUCCGACUUUCUGGCUGGGUAUAGUUGGAUUCGUUAUUAUUUCGUAUUGUUUGGUGAAAAAUAUAAAGGGGGCAAUGAUAUACGGCAUCAUUUUCGUCACGGUGAUCUCGUGGCUCCGGCACACCACCGUAACGACGUUUCCCGAUACAGAGGUCGGGAACUCCGCCUAUCAAUAUUUCAAGAAAGUGGCGGAUGUGCACGUAAUUAAGAGCACCGCUGGUGCCCUGAGCUUCAAAGACAUCGGAAAAGGGUAUUUCUGGGAAGCAUUGGCCACCUUUUUAUACGUCGACAUACUCGACACCACUGGUACAUUGUACUCGAUGGCACGAUUCGCCGGAUUCACAGAUGCCAACGGCGAUUUCGAGGGUCAAUACUUUGCUUUCAUGUCCGAUGCGACUGCAAUCGUGGUGGGGUCGCUUCUGGGUACAUCUCCGGUUACUGUAUUCAUUGAGUCAUCAACAGGGAUCAGAGAAGGGGGACGGACGGGACUGACGGCAUUGACAGUAGCUGGGUAUUUCUUCUUGGCGUUUUUCUUUACGCCGUUACUGGCGUCGAUCCCAGCAUGGGCGAUUGGGCCGCCGUUGAUUCUGGUGGGGGUGAUGAUGAUGAAGGCUGUGGUGGAGAUCGAGUGGAGUGACAUGAGGGAGGCGAUUCCGGCUUUUGUGACGAUGAUAUUGAUGCCAUUCACGUAUUCGAUAGCGUAUGGGUUGAUCGGAGGAAUUGGAACUUACAUUGUUCUACAUCUCUGGGAUUGGGGAGAGAAGUUGGUUGGAAAAUUUGGAAUCGGAAAACGAUCGAGUUAUGUGUUAACGACACCGAGGAAGAAGAAAGAAAUCGACAUUCUCAUCAGAGACAACAUCGACAAGGUCCUCUUUCUCGUCUUCGGCCGCAUUGCCUACCCCUACCGUCUCUGCCUCGCAAAAGCGGCACAUGAAGUCUCCGAGUUCACCACGGUCGCAGUGAUGGCCAUUGAUUCGGAGGAUAUUUAGGUCCACGUCAUUGACAACCUAACAAGGUUUCCAAGCUCUCACACGGGCUGGAUGUGAACAAUCCUCGAUCAGGAAAAUCAAAGAGUUUGAAUCCU